GAGGAUAAUGAGAUCAGAGACGAAAACAGUGAAAACAAUGAAAUCGGAGACGAGAAAUGUCUCGUCAACAAACGUCAAGAAAAUAUUACAAAUGAAAGAAGUAAUUCAAUUCAAUGUUUAAAAAAGCAAGCCGAAAGGAUGACGACACAAUCAAAUAAAAAAUAUCAAGAGUUGGAAGUCGGAACAACUGUUCGUAUUUCCAUACCUGACGUUGACAGAGCCCGUGGAUCCCCACGCAAUUUAUUAGCAGUUAUUGCUAAUUUUGACAACGGCUUUUAUAAAUUAUGUACCGAAAAUGGUUUUCUUAAACACAAGUAUACGAUAUCUCAACUUGUGGCAUGCAAAGAAAUGUUGCUUGAUCUCAAAACCCUGGUUGAAUCAUCUAAAGAAAAAGAGAUAACACUUCGAGAAGCAGCAGGAUGUAGUAGUCUUGUGGGCACACAAGGCUAUCAAAGAUGUCACUGUAAAAUGAAGUGUAAAACAAAUAAAUGCACCUGUCGAUUAGUUGGAAAACUACGCAAUUCAAAAUGUCACAGUUCAUUGUCAUGUGAAAAUAAAUAA